AUGCCUGCUUUAUCACGUACCUAUAUUCUUUCGCUCUAUCGUUCUUUUCUUCGCGUAAUUGACCGUUGGCCAACGGAUUAUUUACGUCCAAACCGAAACUUUAAACAUGUUCUUCACUUACGUGUUACUGAAGGUUUUAGGCAAAAUCUUUCAGUUAAGGACGCGGAUGUGCUAAGAGCUUUAGUCAUGGAUGCAGAAAAUGAACUUGAUGCCUUAAGAAGGCUGGCAAAUAAUGAAUUUAAAGAGAAG